AUGCUGUCAUCAGUGAUCAAGUGCGGGAGGGGCUCUCGUGGGGGAGAGGGAGGCCGGGACCCGACCCUUGGCUGGGGAGAGAGGUCCUGGCGGAGACUAGAGCGGGCCGAGAGCCGGGAGAGCCCUCCGGGGUCUGGGGGUGCCGGGCGGCUGUCUCUAACAGGUUAUUCCGGGGUAAGCCGGGCGCUGGGGCGGGCUCGGGCUUCGCAGGGGGCCGGGCGGCGCGGGGCGGGCCUGCGGGAGAGCACGCCCCCGCCCGCCCCGGGCCCGCCCCGCGCCUCCCGCCCGCUCGCCGGGGAGCCUCUGUCCCGGGCCUGGCCCGUGCGCGUCCGCCUGCUGAACCUGGGCACCGCCGGCCGCCUGGGCACGGGACUGGGCGGGAGCACUGACCUCGGCCUAGGAGGCCUGGGAUCCCCGAGCCGCCUGCACCCGCGGGGGCCUGGAAGUCGCACGCCCUUCCCGAACCUGUGCCCCUCGCCGAUCCUCGGCGGUGCGAGGCCAGGUGCCCCCCUCUUUCCCUCCCUUCUUUCCCUCCCCCACUCCGGUGCCCGCUGGAGGUCCCGCCCGCCCGCCCCCUCCGGCAGGGGUGUAGCUGGCUGCGGAGCUGACACCGGCUCCGCGGCCACCCUGUCCAAACUCUCCGGAAGCGGCCCGAGCCGACCGGGUACUCAGGCCGUCGCAGCUCCGGCGGACCCACUGUUGGACCCGAGGCGCCGGCCCACCUCCCGCGCCCAAACUUGGAGCACUUGACCUUUGGCUGUCUGAGGAG